AUGCAGCAUCGAGUUAGUGAAGGGUGCGGCAAGACAGUUCCUGAGAGUUUUCAUAUUUCACUCUGUUUGAUUGAACAGUUGGGGCGCGUUCCAGAAGGGGAGCGCUUGUCAGAGGAGCAGCUCUGGAGGUCACAUAUCAAAGCUUGGGGAGCUGAGUUGGCUGAGGAUUCACCGCCAGUCAAACCGGCUGAGAUGUAUACAGUUGCAGUUCUCCUUUCGCUUGAGCUUGUGGUUGCAGAUGAGUCCCAGCGCAUUUUUGCCAGGGCUUUGGCUUGGGUUGUGCUGGUGAUGGUGUGGGGCUCAAUGAGAUGUGACGAUGUUCAGUCUGUUUUGGCGCACAGGUCAACGUUGUCCAACUACGGGCUGAGAUUGGUGUUGGGGAAGUCCAAGACUUCAGGCCCUGACAAGAUCCAGAAGGAGGUGAAGAUUGGGGAAUCUGAGCAGUUCAAUUUUCGGAGAGAUUAUUUCGUGAUGGAACCUUCUUCAAGUUGGGAAUCUGUGAAACGGAAGUUUGUGCCCCCAUCUGGUUUGAGUUCAUUGAUCAGCAAGCUGUUGAGUGACUUGCCUGUCCCAAAGAAACACUUGGAUGGCUGGGUGAUGAACGCGGGGGCACUUCUCCUGCCUGAUGGGCUGGAGAGUCAUUUCACUGGCCAUAGCCCUCGCAACUUCCUGACCUCAGUUGCAGCUGCCAUUGGAUUCCAUCGGGAUCAACGAGCUUACUUGGGCCGCUGGGCAAUGGGAAUGGUGGCUUCGGAAGAAUAUGUGAGGACCUCUAGGCAGGUGGUCUUCACCAUUCAGAAGGCGGUCAAUAGGGCAAUUGUCACGGGUUUUGAUCAAGAGUAUUUUGAAGACGAGGCCAUUGACAGGCUUUGCAAGUCAGCAGAGGAUUCAGGUGCAAACCGCAACAGAAUCCGGAAGAGGCACACGGUCUCUUCAAACUUGUCUGGCAGGUACAGUCUUGGUGGCGUGUUCCCAACGUUGGAAGUCUUGCCAGACGACUGGUUUGAGGUUGGUGAUAAUGAAGCCGAUGAGGCUACCCUGGAAGCAAACAUUCAGGAGCAAAAGGCUCGUGCGGCGACGGCUGAUAAGGCCGUGUCAAAAUUCUUUGUGACAAUUUCGAGACGCACGGCAUUUCGACGUCUUCACCUCACGGGUUGUUUUGUCAAGCCUUCCAAUUGCACUGAAGUGCGCAUGAUGGACGAGGUGGGGAAUGAAGAUUUCGAUUCCAUUUGCAGAGCAUGCAAGAGGAAGAUGCUGGCUGAGAGUGGGAAGGACGAUAGCGUUGAGUCCAGCUCCACUGCCUCCUCUUCAUCGACGGCCAGUGUGGCUGAAGAGGAGGGUGUUGAUCCUUAG